AUGGUUGAAAAAGACGAAAAUAAGAAGCGAGGACGUUCGUCGUCGAGCAGCUCGUCCAGCAGUUCGGGUUCCUCAUCUUCUGGGUAAGUCUUCAUAAUCCUUCACUUUGGCUUAUCGACAUUUCUUCCAGAAGUAGCUCAUCUGGUUCCCGCUCGUCGAGCUCCUCUUCGAGCUCUCGCUCGCGCUCGCCACGUCGCCGGGAGAAUCGUCCGGCGCGCGGCGGCGGUGGCGGUCGUUCCCGCUCUCGUUCUCCGAUCCGCCGCGGAUCGCCUCCGCGUGCUCGUCCAGAUCGUGGAGGUGGCGAUCGUGAUCGUCCGCGUGGGUCUCCGUCUCCACGUCGUCGUCGCUCUCCAUCGUCACGUCGUGAUCGUGAUCGUCGCGACAGAAGUGGAAGCCGUCAGAGAAGACGUUCUCCGAGAAGAAGCAGCCCGAUUGCUCGCUCUGCAAGCCCUGUCAGACGUGUCGUCAUCAAAAAUCUCAGCAAGAACGUGUUGCGCGCUCAUCUGGAGGAGAUUUUUUCAAUCUAUGGAGCCAUCAAGAACGUCGACUUGCCAACAGAUCGCUUCCACACCCACAUCCACCGCGGUUACGGAUAUGUGGAUUACGAGAAUAUCGACGAUGCCGAAAAGUCAAUCAAGCAUAUGGACGGCGGACAAAUCGACGGACUCGUUGUGCAGGUCGAGAUGACCGUGGGUCGUCAAACGGCUCACGUGCCGCCGCGCCGUUUGUCGCCAGUCAGAAGACGUGCCUCGCCGCCACCGAGAGAUCGCGAUAGAGACAGGAAGUCGCCGGUCCGCAGAGGGUAAUUCGCUCUUCGCUAUUCUGAAAAUCUUUUUUUGAAGAGGUUACAGAAGCUCGCCACCACGUCGUCGUUCCCCACCGCCACGCGGAUCCGGAGCCAAUCAAAUGCCUCUGGGACCAAGCAGAUUCCGCCGUGCCAGCCGCUCGCGUUCUCCGAUUCACAGAGGAGGAAGAUCCCGCUCGUAA